AUGAAAGCAAAUGGACAUGUUGCUCAGAACCAAGUUUUGACCCAACAAGCCAUGAAGAAUCAAAGUCAUAUGAAGUAUAGAAGUAAUCGGACCAAGCACGCCAUUUACGGGGUCUUGUCGGGACUUUCGACGGAUGUCAUUUUUCUUAAGCUUAUGAUGAGAGAUUCUGAACUGUUCGUUGUCUCAGCCCACAUUAUUCUUGCCACGUCCAACUUCAACGACCAAAGGGGUUCAACUCAUCACACAAAUGAUGCAUUGGAACGCAUUCAAGCUGGCAUGGCCUAG